GUUAAAGAGCCCAGAAUCGAAAGACAGCGGAACUUUGUUCUCUCAACUUGUCUACAAUCUUUCAACUCAAACCUCAACUUGUCUACCAUUCUCAACUAUCAAGCUCCAUUGUCAUCAGUCAUGUACAGGAACGUUGCUUCACGUCUUAGGACCUUUAGGGUCCAUUCGUGCAGCAGACUACCUGUCAGAUUUGCCAGUUCUGUUGCCUCGAAACAAUCCUCUUCUGGUUUAUUUGGAUGGCUCACCGGAGAACGAUCCAAUUCUGCACCACCUCUGGAUUUCCCUCUUCCAGGGGCUACACUCCCGCCUUCCUUGCCGGAUUAUAUUGAACCUGCUAAAACUAUUAUUACUACACUCCCGAACGGAGUGAAAAUAGCUUCCGAGACUUUAGUGACUCCUACAGCUUCAAUAGGUUUAUACGUGGAUUGUGGUUCAAUAUAUGAGACCCCUUUAAGUUUUGGUUCUACACAUCUUUUAGAAAGAAUGGCUUUUAAGAGCACUAGAAAUCGGAGUCACUUUCGAAUUGUUCGUGAGAUAGAGGCAAUUGGUGGCAAUGUGCAAGCUUCGGCUUCUAGAGAGCAGAUGGGUUACACUUUUGAUGCUUUAAAGACGUAUAUUCCUGAAAUGGUGGAACUGCUUGUUGAUUGUGUGAGGAACCCUGUGUUUCUUGAUUGGGAGGUUAAUGAGCAGCUUCUAAAAGUGAAAGCUGAAAUUGGUGAAGUUUCCAAAAAUCCUCAAGACUUGCUUUUGGAAGCAAUUCAUUCUGCUGGUUUUUCAGGUGCCUUGGCAAAUCCUCUUUUAGCUUCAGAAUCAGCAGUAAAUAAUCUAAAUGGUACAAUUCUGGAGGAGUUUGUUGCUGAGAACUAUACAGCACCUCGGAUAGUACUUGCAGCUUCUGGUGUUGAACACGGGGAAUUGUUAUCUGUUGCAGAACCUCUUCUGUCUGAUUUACCUAGUGUUCCACGUCCAGAGGAACCAAAAUCAGUAUAUACUGGUGGUGAUUAUAGAUGUCAAAGUGAAUCAGGGAGAACCCAUUUUGCUCUAGCAUUUGAACUUCCUGGUGGCUGGCAUAAGUUGAAGGAUUCUAUGGUUUUGACUGUUCUUCAGAUGCUAUUGGGAGGUGGUGGAUCGUUCUCGGCUGGUGGCCCUGGUAAAGGAAUGUAUUCAAGGCUGUAUCUUAAUGUUCUGAAUGAAUAUCCACAAGUUCAUUCAAUUUCAGCAUUCAACAAUAUUUACAAUAACACCGGCAUUUUUGGUAUCCAAGUUACAACGGGUUCAGAUUUUGUAUCAAAAGCCAUUGAUAUAGCCGCUAAUGAGAUUCUUGCCGUUGCUACUUCUGGACAAGUUGACCAGGUACAGCUAGAUCGAGCUAAACAGGCUACCAAAUCUGCAAUUUUGAUGAAUUUGGAAUCAAGAAUGGUUGUUUCAGAAGAUAUAGGAAGACAAGUUUUGACUUAUGGUGAGAGGAAACCUGUGGAGGAUUUCUUAAAGGCAGUGGAAGAAGUAACCUUGAAGGAUAUCACUUCAAUUUCUCAGAAACUAAUUUCUUCCCCCCUCACAAUGGCAUCAUAUGGAGAUGUUCUUUAUGUUCCAAGCUAUGAAUCAGUGAGCAGCAAGUUCCACUCCAAAUGAGAUUACUUUCAUCCAUCAUAUCAUAUCAAGUCUUCUUGGCAUACAAUCAAGUCUUGUCCGGCUAAAAGGUGUAAAAUUAAAUUAAACUCCUAACUAUCCUUCUUGUAGCCAAUAAAUUAGUGAUUAUGCAGAAGCAGUAUCUGCACAUCUCAUUAUUUCUGGGCACAUAACCAUUAAUAUGAGAGUUCUCGCACGAAUAUUUAUUGGACUGAACUUAAAACUGUUGAUUAUUUUUGGAUUGAAUCCCUUUAGAGAACCAAAUUAUAUUUUUUUGAAUAAAUGUAUUGCUAAUUGAAAUCUA